AUCAGUGGCGAGGGUGGUCAUUACCGUUGACUUACGAGCUCCACACAACAUGAAGUUCGCCUAUCUUCUACUCUUUGCCUUCGCGGCGGCGCAAGCAGUCCCUAGUGAUCUCGAUGGGUAUCUUAUGGAGGACGAUGAGGAUAGACAUCCUUACGUGCAAUGCAAGAUCGACCUGUAUGACUGCUUCAGACUAAAGAGCAAGACAAGGAUGGGGUGUUUGACGGGUUACAAGAACUGCAUGGCUGUACUUGUCCCCACUAUCCCCCCCUUCGUGAUUGCGUGCAAGGAUAACCUGAAGCAGUGCGUUGCCACUGCUGAUGGCUUCAUCGCAAAAGGAAAGUGCUUCAUCGCUUUCGCUAAGUGCCUAAAGGGCAAUGGACCAAGCUCACCAGUUACCUUCAUGGAGGAUGAUGCAACACCGCCUAGACAUCCUUACGUGCAAUGCAAGAUCGACCUGUAUGACUGCUUCAGACUGAAGAAGAAGUCAAAGAUGGAGUGUAUGACAGGUUACAAGAACUGCAUGGCUGUACUUGUCCCCACCAUCCCCCCCUUCGUGAUCGCAUGCAAAGACCAACUCAAGACCUGUGUUUUAUCAGCUAGCGGUAUUCUUGCUAAAGCCUCAUGCUUCAAGGAGUUUGGCCAAUGCUUGAUCAACAAGGGCCCCAGUCCCCCCGCGAUCGAUACUUUCUUGAUGGAAGACGAGGAGGACUCGGACAGACACCCAUAUGUGCAAUGCAAGAUCGACCUGUAUGACUGCUUCAGACUGAAGAAGAAGUCAAAGAUGGAGUGUAUGACGGGUUACAAGAACUGCAUGGCUGUACUUGUCCCCACCAUCCCCCCCUUCGUGAUUGCGUGCAAGGAUAACCUGAAGCAGUGCGUUGCCACUGCUGAUGGCUUCAUCGCAAAAGGAAAGUGCUUCAUCGCUUUCGCCAAGUGCCUGAAGGACGGUGGACCAAGCUCACCAGUUACCUUCAUGGAGGAUGAUGCAACACCGCCUAGACAUCCUUACGUGCAAUGCAAGAUCGACCUGUAUGACUGCUUCAGACUGAAGAAAAAGUCAAAGAUGGAGUGUAUGGCGGGUUACAAGAACUGCAUGGCUGUACUUGUCCCCACCAUCCCCCCCUUCGUGAUCGCAUGCAAAGACCAACUCAAGACCUGUGUUUCAUCAGCUAGCGGUAUUCUUGCUAAAGCCACAUGCUUCAAGGAGUUUGGCCAAUGCUUGAUCAACAAGGGCCCCAGUCCUCCCGCGAUCGAUACUUUCUUGAUGGAAGACGAGGAGGACUCGGACAGACACCCAUAUGUGCAAUGCAAGAUCGACCUGUAUGACUGUUUAAGACUAAAGAAGAAGUCAAAGAUGGAGUGUAUGACGGGUUACAAGAACUGCAUGGCUGUACUUAUCCCCACCAUCCCCCCCUUCGUGAUUGCGUGCAAGGAUAACCUGAAGCAGUGCGUUGCCACUGCUGAUGGCUUCAUCGCAAAAGGAAAGUGCUUCAUCGCUUUCGCCAAGUGCCUGAAGGACGGUGGACCAAGCUCACCAGUUACCUUCAUGGAGGAUGAUGCAACACCGCAUAGACAUCCUUACGUGCAAUGCAAGAUCGACCUGUAUGACUGCUUCAGACUGAAGAAGAAGUCAAAGAUGGAGUGUAUAACGGGUUACAAGAACUGCAUGGCUGAAUUGGGCCCCACUAUCCCCCCCUUCGUGAUCGUAUGCAAAGACGAGCUCAAGACAUGCGUGUCAUCUGCAAGCGGUAUUCUUGCAAAAGCCACGUGCUUCAAGGAGUUUGGCCAAUGCUUGAUGAAGGGCCCCAGUCCCCCCGCUGUCGAUGCUGGCGCGUUUGUCCUGGACGCUUUGGAGGAUGGCCCGGCCCCGACACGUCAUCCUUACAUUCAAUGCAAGGUUGAUCUCUACAAAUGCGUGAAGAAUGGAGGGGACAAGCUUCAAUGCGCAAAAGAUUACAAGAAUUGUAUGGUACAACACCUCCCAACUGUCCCCCCAUACAUUGUUGAGUGUCGUGGUAAGUUGAAGAUGUGCCUUGCUGCGGCGGGCGGUUGGAGAGACCAGGCGAAGUGCUUUAUUGACUUGGCAAAAUGCAUCAGGGCAGGUGCCAACGCAUAAGACUCUGGAAUCAUCCGGUUCCCUUGGUGACAAGCAAAUAAUUGCAAUGUAACUUCGACAUAUGAGACUGAUGUGGUUGUCUUAUAUUUGAAGUUUAAAAUAAAACAUUGGAAAACUUA